UAAAGCCAAUAAGAUCUUGCCUCGAAAUAAAAAUUAGGUUUGGCUUAAAAAAAUUAAUACUCGCAAUUGUUAACAUUACAUUGAACCAAAAUGGCGCUAGCAUUCCGCAACAUGCUGAGAACUGCAGCAAGAAGGAUGCAAGUCCGAGGCUAUGCUGAUGCACCCAAGGGAGAUGAAAUGGCUUUAACAUUUGCUGCUGGUAAUAAGGUGUUCUUCAACAAGCAAGUAGUCAAACAGAUUGAUGUGCCAUCUUUUAGUGGAUCAUUUGGUAUUUUACCCAAACAUGUUCCUACUCUGGCUGUUCUGAGGCCUGGUGUUGUCACCGUUGUGGAGAAUGAUGGCAAGCAAACCAAAAUAUUUGUAUCUUCCGGAACAAUCACUGUCAAUGAUGACUCCUCAGUACAAGUACUAGCUGAGGAAGCUCACCCAUUGGAGAGUCUGGACCGCAGUGCAGCACAGGAGGCUCUCAGCAAAGCCCAAUCUGAACUCAACUCUGCUGCUAAUGAAAGGGCAAAGGCUGAAGCUUUAAUUGCAGUAGAAGUGGCGGAGGAGGUUCUGAAGGCCGCCAGCGCAUAAAUGUCACCUUCUGUUGUCAGUCAAUGUUAGUGCUAAACUAUUUAAUGUUAAAUCAUAAAUAAACAUCAAAUUCCGUAGUC